GGAGACCGAGGAGUGCCCACUGAAAAAACCAAAGGUUGAAGAUGAGCUGAUGCUCUUCAUCAUCGACACAAAAGACCUCAGUGUGCGUGUGGAGCAUUACGGUGAUGAUUCAGACAGCGUUCUGGAGGCUGAACUGAAGCCCGAUAGGAAGCCGGCCGAUGGAGUGAGGAGGAGACGAGAGGAAAAGAGUGACACCAAACCAGACUCUUCAAAAGACACAGAUAAAACCAGCGCCAAAGUGACCGCACGUGUGAGUCAGAAGGUGGAGAGCGUGAAGAUCCUCAAUCUGGAGAUGCAUGAAGACUCCUACAACUUCAGCUUCCGUCUCACUAUGGGCGUCCGGUCUCAGGGAUUGUACAACUUGGACUUCCACAACUGCCACAAUCAAAAACCUGGGAUGCUGAGUCCUUAUUCUCUCCACGUGGAAAUCACGGAGAGGAAUCUGAACGGUUUUCUCUCAGCGUCUCAGAUCCCUCUGCCGCGCCUCUACAUAUCCAUGGCGGUCAUCUUCUUCAGCGCUGCUGUUAUCUGGACAUACACACUGCUCAAGCACAGGCACAGUGUGUUUAAGAUUCACUGGCUGAUGGCGGCGCUGGCGUACACUAAAGCCAUCUCUCUGCUCUUUCACAGUAUAAACUAUCACUUCAUCAACUCUGAGGGUCACCCGAUUGAAGGCUGGGCCGUCAUGUACUACAUCACCCACCUGUUAAAAGGAGCUCUUCUCUUCAUCACGCUGGCUCUCAUCGGCACGGGUUUUGCUUUUGUGAAAUACAUUCUGUCCGACAAAGAGAAGAAGAUCUUCAUGAUAGUCAUUCCUCUGCAGGUUUUGGCUAAUGUUGCUUAUAUCAUCAUCGAGGAAACAGAGGAAGGGGCGAGUGAAUACGCCCUCUGGAGGGACAUUCUGUUCCUGGUGGAUCUCAUCUGUUGCGGUGCCGUCCUCUUUCCUGUCGUCUGGUCCAUUCGGCAUCUGCAGGAGGCGUCUAACACAGAUGGCAAAGCGGCAAUGAAUCUGGAGAAGUUAAAGCUCUUCAGACAUUAUUAUGUGAUGAUUGUGUGUUAUAUCUACUUCACACGGAUCAUCGCUAUCCUGCUGAGGGUAACGGUGCCGUUCCAGUGGCAGUGGUGUCAGGAGUUUUUAGUGGAGAUUUCCACUCUGAUCUUCUUCGUCCUGACGGGGUUUAAGUUCCGCCCGGCAUCAAAUAAUCCCUAUCUACAGCUGCCCCAGGAUGAGGAGGACCAGGAGAUGGAUGAAGUUGUGACGGAGUCAGGAGCGUUGGAGGGCGUCCACAAGGUGAAGAAGACGUCCAACGGCCGAGAAAGACAAAGAGAGGCGACGUUAUGAGGAACAUGUCGACGAGAGCAGAGCUUGGACUUGUGAACCUUCCCUGGCGUCGUUACCAUGGAAAUGGCAACCUCACUAUGCAAGCGUUAAAAGACGGAGCGCUGCUGGAUUUCCAUGUGACAGAAAGAGAACGGGCUGACGUGGACCGUGGUGACAAAGAUGUUCGGAAUCUCUUGCUUCGGUUUACAGUUUUGAUGUCGUUACUCUGCUCGAUCCAUUUGUUCUUUCAUUCCAAAGAUUUACAAUCAUUUUACUAAAUGUGCUCAAAACCUUUGAUUCCUUUCAACUUUAUCAUAAUUCCCCACAUUGGUAUUAUUUAACUGAAGUAGCCCCGGCUGAUGUUGAUGAAUGUUGUUAUAUCUUUUGUUUGUAUUUCGUGGUUUUUCCUGUUCAUUUGGUGGAAAUUUGAACCAAAUCAGAGAACUGGACUCGAGCACAAAAACGCAUCCAUGCGAUAUUUGUUCAGAUGGGGAUAUAUUUAUGUUGGUUUCUUUGACUUAAUCAUUUUUUUCUUUAGUGUAUGAUUUUACACCUAUUACCUACCUGUAAUGUGCCACCCAACCUUAAAUAUGUACCAGUUUGGCGCCGAACUUGCCAUCUUUUCUGCUGUGUUUUGCGUUUAGGAGUGCUUUAUUUUAUUUGAAAACAAUGGCUCCGUGUGUUUUGUGAGUUAUACUUGUUUUUUACUCCAAUGAUCGUUAUAAUACCAUCGGAAGUUGAGGACAAACCACUGUUUAUAUCGUGUGUUUAUGCCGCGAGCGAACGAUCGCUUCUGUUAAAAUCGCGUCGCUCGCUGUAUUCACGGUUUUUAGACCUGCAAACGUGUGAACUACACGGUACUCCCGUUUGUGGCAGUUAUUUUCUGUAUCAGGGCUUUUAUUUUCCCCUCAAACUUGGUGAAAUUCACUCCCGCUUGAUUUGUUUGGUUUACUGUGCUCACUGGUUUCACUGUACGUUUUAAAUAAACACAGUAACAUUAAAUAGC